ACCAACUCUGCACUUGUGCCGCGACUGCGAAGAAGCGAAGAUGAAGGCUACUCUGCUGCUUCUGGUGGUCCUUACUGUCGCCGUGAUCGGCUCCCUGGCGACCUCUGCACCGAACUGUGACGCUAGCGCCUGCGACCCCAGCAAGUGCCCAAGCGCAGCCAGCUGCAAGUGCGGUACAUACAAGGACGCUUGCAACUGCUGCGAUGUCUGCUACAAGUGCCCCGGCGAGUCUUGCGUGCCAGUCUUCCAGGACAAGUGCUCCGGCAAGAACACCUGCCAGCUGGAGCCUGGCGCAGCCAUCCUGACCGGCGCCACCGGCAUCUGCGCCGAGAAGGGAUACGUCUUCAACAGCGAGAAGGGCCACCACGGUUGAACGAGACAGCGCCUGUCUGCAGCUGUGAUUGGGGCCUGCGUGUCAGCCCCGGCCAAGUGUGAUAUAUAGCUUUCGUUUACUGUUUACCUAUUGAUUCACAAAACACGUUACAGGUAUUCGCACUGUAAAAUAAAAUGCCUUACGUCUUUCCA